AUGCUACCAAGCAAUCCUUUCAACGGCACGUCAAGCAAUGAGCUUCAAUGCGUCCAGCCGAAGUCCGCUCCGCAUCCACCACAAGACUUGAUCACGCAGCUCUACCAACGCAUCGCCGUCCUCGAAGCCGAGCUUGCCCACGCAAAAGAUGCGCGAAGCGAAGCGCAUAGAGCGAGCAACUACCUGCUUGACAACCUCGCUUCACUGCGCAACCCCGCUGCUCAGGAGAUCGCUGGGCUGAAAGAGAGCUUGAACGCAGCACAGGAACAGAACUUCAAACUGAGCCUGAAGCUCGUAAGCAGGAAGGAGCAGUGGCGACGUAAGACGCUGCGGACUGAGCUCCUGCUCGGUGAUUCGAGUCCGCGGCGGGUACGUGAAGGUACUUCGGCGCUUGCAGCUCCAACGUCGAAAGGGGAACUCGGAAACCUGCUGGAUGUUGAGGACGGCUCGCAGACGCUUUGUCCGACACCGCCACUGUCUCUUUGUCACACCACUCCAAUCAGCAAGCAGACUGUACAGUCGAAUGAUCAAGAGCCGGUUGCCGAGCCGCAAGUUCCUCGUGUCACCCGAUCUACUACAGCAACUAGAUCUUACCCCUCCUACACCCAGCUAUUCGAUAAGCCCCAGUCUUCUGAACCAAACGCUCCAGCGAAGACCACCGAGAGCGUCGGUUUAGGAAUCGAAGUCAAGGCCGCAAAAGACAAGGCGUUAGGUAAUAGUAGCGGCACCUGUCUAGAAAUCACUACCGCGGAUAACCUUGAUCGCUUCAACCCGGGCUCUGCGCAAGACGGUUCGGUGCGUAAGGAAGCUCCGCAGCCCAAGUUGGCCUUUGACCAAGCAGCCCAAGGAAACUUUGCGCUGCAAGGCUCGAGGUGGGCUCCGCCGCCAGGGCCGCGCUCAAGCUUCCGCGGGCCCGGCUUCCAAGUCUCGCCGACAAAACUUCAGGGCGUCCCUAGCUACGACACCUCCUUCUCCUCGACCGCAUCUUUCAGAAGCUCCCUCAACGGCCGAGACGAACAAGGAUCCCGUACCGGACAGGAACAGGACGGCUCAGAUCCCGAGCGUUCGAAGAUGGAGGAUCCCCUCCUCCCCGCCUUCUUCAAGCACGGCAUAUCCUACACCCCCAUCCCAGAAGAAAAGAACACCCGCCGCACCGUCAUAAUCGACAACCUCCCCGUCGGCAUCACGCUCUCCGAAGUGCUGGACCAUGUCCACGGCGGGGCUCUCUUCUCCGCGGACCUGCUCGACACGUCCGCCAUCAGCGCCUCCAUGACUGUCAUGCUCGUCUUCGUCUACCAAAACUGCGCUCGGGACUUCGCGGCCUCUGCUAAAGCCAACCCGCUCGUCUUCUCGGAGCGUACGGUGAAUGUCACGCAUCUGAGCUCACAUACCUGGCCGGUUCCGGUCUGGCUCCAGCGCCCGAUUUUCGUGAACGAGUAUACGCGCUGCAUCAUUGUGCGCGACGCCCCGGGACAUGUCACGCCGUUUAUCUUGGAGGCGAAGUUGAGGCUGCAUCAGGAGAUUGAGGCGCAUUGGGUGCAGAGCGUGCAGAGGCUUCCGGAUCGGAGCAUGCAGGUGGUCUUUGAGAAUAUCAGGGCGGCUGCGAGGGCCUUUGUGUUCUUGACGUGCCAUGCGAUGUUCAGGACCUGCCGUAUCAGCUUUGCGAAGGAUCCGUGCGAUCGGGCUGCUGAGGUGGCGGACGAGAAGAAAAAGCAGGGAGAGGGGGAAGCUGCGGGUGCUGAAGCGGUGGAGACGGCGCAGUCAGAGCAUCGGUCUGCAACGGAUGUUGAAGAGGGAGAGAUCCUGGAAUCGGAAGAAGACCCUGUUCCUGGCGCCAGCCAGGAUGCUGAGGAUGGGGAUGCGAAGGCGGACGAGUCUGCCAACGCCACCACUGAUGUAGACGGCAGUCACAGCAACCAGUCCACAUCACGCUCGAAGCCGCCAACUCCUGCCACCACCCCGGUACCACACGAGCCCGCCGUCCCCGAGACCGAGAACUCCGCCACCAAAAGCACAACUCCGCCGCCGGCGCCGAAACCCGACCCCUUCGCUGCCCUCCAUAACCCCGCCCUUCUCGCCCGCCCACGCGGCCGCCUCCUUGCGCAGCAGUUCCAUGCUAGCACCCAUCCGGCUUCGUCUACACACCACCCAUCGCCGCCCUCGCCGCCGAUAACGCCCCUCCUGCCCUCAUCUCAACCCCCAGCACAGGCCCUGAAUGGCAACGAGCACCCAGCCCGCUUCGCGCAGUCCCCAACGCCUCCCCGCUCCGAGAAAGGAACCGGCAGCCCGAAACAGGUGACGAUGCAGCGGCUCGCAAACGAGAUGGAGGAGAUGAAUCUCAGAGAAGCUUAUGGAGAGGUUGAUGACGAUAGACCGGAUGGUGAGGCUGGGAGUGUUGGGAGAGGCAGGAGGACGGUCGAGGAGGUGGUGGGGGAUUACUGCUGA